UGGUGAAUGAUCAGUAAAGGGUUAAGUUAGUUUAUAGCUCCCAGAUGAGGGGGAGUACUUCAGGAUGACUCAGGUUUCCUUCUUCCUGUUUUCCAAACAAACUGCGCAACAACAAGCAGCCAGACUUUGUUCUCCUCUAACAGACACAAACAGUCUACAGGAGCGGGCAGGAUGUCUGUGACCAUGACCAAGGCUGAGGGGGUCACUGUGAUCACUUUGACCUCUGACCCCCAAAGUUUUUGUCCUCCACUGUGUCAAAUCUUCAAAGUCCUUUGCUGCAACCCCGUGUGCUGCUCUAUGUCUCAGCACCUGAGGACGGUCCAGAGAACUUCUCAGUCCGUACUGUGGGCUCUUCACAUCAUGGUUGGGUUGCUCAACAUUGGCCUUGGAGCGAUCCUUCUCAGCAACCGUGGUGACAUAUUUCCUUUUUGGCUCGGAGCAGUGUUUGUGUUGUUUGGCAUUAUUGGCAUUUUGUCUAAGAAGUACCCCAGUCCAUGUCUGGUCAUCGUAAAUGUGAUUCUGAAUCUAGCAGGAGUUGGUUUUACCAUUGCAGCCAUCGUACUCUACAGCCUCAAUAUAGCAUACACAGGGAUGUGGUGGAUGUGUGAAAAUUACGAUUAUCAUUACUAUUCAGGCGACAGACACGCUGCAUUUCCAUCUCCUGGGGAGAAGAUCAUGACGGAGAAAUGCCAGGAGGGCAAAGAACUGGUUCUGAUGCUGAUGAGAAGCAUGAAUGUUGUGCUGAUUGUCCUGUCAGCCCUGGAGCUCUGCCUCGUCAUCAGCUCUGCCGUCCUGGGGAUCAAGGCUCUGAGGAGCCGUGAGGACGGAGAAAAGAAGAAGAUUGGUGACCCAGAACUCUACAAACCACUGCUGGAGGAAGUCACCAGUAAUCCCGCGGCCUAAAAUCUGCUUUGUGCUGUCAGUUAUCAGGUACUAUAAUCCUGUGCAUAUAUACCAUUGACUGUAUGUACUGUAACGUCAAUG